UUGCUUGCUACCGAAAUCCUUCCCGUCACCCAAUCAUGCUUGUAUUUCUCCUCUGGCUAGAAAGAGGCCUUUGUCUUCACUACUCCCUCCUCCGAUGAGACGGAGAAAGUACCCGGAUCAGUCCUAAUAAGGGCAACUCAGGAAUCAAGCAGGCGCGUCAGCUGAGUGUGUAACACGGUUCUGCUCUCUUGGAGGCGUCUAGUCUAGCGAUCCCCGGGACCCACGUGGAGCAUUGAGGAGGAUUAGCAUCUUUGGACGCUCUUCAGUUUCUAUAGCAGCAUCAGCAAAAGCUACACCCCAACAUGCAGGAUCCUAAUGCAGACACGGAGUGGAAUGACAUUUUACGUAAAAAGGGCAUCCUUCCUCCGAAAGAAAAGCUAAAAGAGCAAGAACAAGCUGAAGAGGAGAGGGAGCAGCAGAUCCUCCAGCAAAAAUCCAUUGUGAAAACCUAUGAAGACAUGACCCUGGAAGAACUUGAAGAAAAUGAAGAUGAAUUCAAUGAGGAAGAUGAGCGUGCUGUGGAAAUGUACAGACAGCAAAGGCUAGCUGAAUGGAAAACAUCUCAAGCAAAGAAUAAAUUUGGACAAGUUUUAGAGAUCUCGGGGCAAGAUUACGUCCAAGAAAUUACCAAAGCUGGCAAGGAUAUAUGGGUGAUAUUGCAUCUGUACAAGCAAGGUAUUCCCCUCUGUGCCUUGAUAAAUCAACACUUAAAUGGACUUGCGAAGAAGUUCCCGGAUAUCAAGUUUGUCAAAGCCAUUUCUACAACCUGCAUACCGAACUACCCAGACAGAAACCUCCCCACGAUCUUCAUCUACCUUGAAGGGGACAUCAAGGCCCAGUUUAUUGGACCACUGGUGUUUGGAGGCAUGAACCUGACAAGAGAUGAAUUGGAGUGGAAGAUUUCUGAAUCGGGUGCCAUCAAGACGGACCUGGAGGAGAACCCCAGGAAGCAGAUCCAGGACCAGCUGAUGACUUCAGUCAAGUGCUCUGUUCCAACAAGAAGGGAAGAAAGUGACUCAGAAGAUGACUAAGGCCUCCUAUGCAACCCAGUUCUAUGCUUGAUUACUCUGAACUUCAUCUAACUGAAUUCAGUGGACUUAACUUCCACAUAAAGAGUGUGUGUCAUUGUAGCUCCAUAAAUACCACUGGUGGAAUUUUUUUUUUAAUCUAAGAAGUGAUGGUUAUGUGGAAGCUUGCGGAGCAUUAAAUUGGAGGGAAUAUAAAAUGCUCCUUGAUGAAUCACAGUUCAGUUGCCAUUGGAGGCACUUGUGGACAUUCUGUACAAUGGAUUUAAUUACCAACAGCAGUUUCACCCUCAGGGUGUGUGUUUGUUCCCUUUCCACAGAGAGGUGGCACACUAUCCUCUGCACUAUACUCCAUUAACUGCGGAUAGUGCUUUAUUGUUUUUAUGCUUCUGACAAAGGUCAACAAGUCUACCACCACUGGAAAAUGGCUGUGAUGCAAUUUUUGAUUGUCAAAUAAAAUGCCUGCUUAAUUUUUAAA